CGCCCCCCUCGGAAAGUUUGUCCCCAGGGCGUGGUGCUGCCGCUACAGAUUUUCCCAGCUCCAGAGCAGGAAGAUCUGAGAGGACCUGGUGUGCCCCGGGGGUUCUUCUCCCUGAGCCCGGAGCCGGGAGCUUGGAGUUCCCGAAUUUGUCCCUCCCUCCUCUGCACACUACAGCGACUGAUCUCCACCUUCUCACUGGCAACCCAGAGGGAAGAGGGGAGUCAGAGAGAUGUUCUGGCUGUGGUUAGGGCUCAGUGGGCAGAAACUGUUGCUUUGGGGCGCAGCGAGCGCGGUCUCCCUGGCCGGCGCCACUAUCCUGCUCAGCAUCUUGCAGAUGUUGGUAAGCUAUUCGCAGAAAUGGCAGCAGAUGCGGUCAAUCCCGUCGGUGGCCCGCGCCUACCCCUUGGUGGGACACGCGCUGUUUAUGAAGCCCAACAACGCAGAAUUUUUUCAGCAGAUAAUUCAGUACACAGAAGAAUUUCGUCACCUGCCGAUCAUUAAGCUUUGGAUUGGACCUGUGCCCAUGGUGGCACUUUAUAAGGCAGAGAAUGUGGAGGUGAUUUUGACCAGUUCAAAGCAAAUCGAUAAAUCGUUUAUGUACAAGUUCCUACAGCCGUGGCUGGGACUCGGACUUCUCACAAGUACGGGGAGCAAAUGGCGCACCAGGAGGAAGAUGCUAACGCCCACUUUCCAUUUUACCAUUCUGGAGGAUUUCUUGGAUGUCAUGAACGAGCAAGCAAAUAUAUUGGUUAAUAAGCUUGAAAAACACGUCAACCAAGAAGCCUUUAACUGUUUUUUUUACAUCACUCUUUGUGCUCUGGAUAUAAUCUGUGAAACGGCUAUGGGGAAGAACAUUGGAGCUCAAAGCAAUGAUGAUUCCGAGUAUGUCCGUACUGUGUAUAGGAUGAGUGAUAUGAUAUAUAGAAGAAUGAAGAUGCCCUGGCUCUGGUUUGAUCUUUGGUACCUUAUGUUUAAAGAAGGACGGGACCACAAAAGGGGACUCAAACGCCUACAUACUUUCACCAACAAUGUCAUUGCUGAACGGGUCAAAGAAAGGAAGACAGAGGAAGACAGGAUAGGUGCUGGCAGGGGUCCUAGCCCCUCCAAAAAUAAGCGCAAGGCUUUCCUUGACUUGCUUUUGAGUGUGACUGAUGAGGAAGGAAACAAACUAAGCCACGAAGACAUCCGAGAGGAAGUUGACACCUUCAUGUUUGAGGGUCACGAUACAACUGCUGCUGCAAUAAACUGGUCCUUAUACCUACUGGGUUCUAAUCCAGAAGUCCAGAGGAAAGUGGAUGAGGAGCUGGAUAACGUGUUUGGAAGAUCCCAUUGCCCUGUCACCUUGGAAGAUCUGAAGAAACUUAAAUAUUUGGAUUGCGUCAUUAAGGAGACUCUCCGAGUUUUCCCAUCUGUCCCUUUAUUUGCCCGGAGUCUUAGUGAGGACUGUGAAGUGGGCGGUUACAGAGUCGCAAAAGGAACGGAAGCAGUCAUCAUUCCCUAUGCACUUCACCGAGACCCCAGAUACUUCCCAGAUCCGGAGGAGUUCCGGCCAGAGCGGUUCUUUCCCGAAAAUUCCCAAGGACGCCAUCCCUAUGCCUAUGUGCCAUUUUCUGCUGGACCUAGAAACUGUAUUGGUCAAAAGUUCGCGGUCAUGGAGGAGAAGACCAUUCUUGCCUGUAUCCUGAGGCAGUUUUGGGUAGAAUCCAACCAGAAGAGAGAAGAACUCGGCCUGUCUGGAGAUUUGAUUCUUAGGCCAAAUAAUGGCAUCUGGAUCAAGCUGAAGAGGAGACAUGAAGAUGACCCCUAACUCCAUCCUCAAGCUGUGACCUGAUCAUGAUGAAGAUCAUUCCAUAGGAAACAUGGUAUCUGCAAUUUUUUAGAUUAUGAGUUGAAAACUCUGCAUCCUCAAACCUAGUGUUUUUCCUUUCCUGUCCCCACUGAUCUUGGGACGCAGUCUAUCACUGAGAAUUUUUGUGUGUUUGUUACCAACAUGAAUGCCAUGUCACACCUGGUCUUCCUCUCGAGGGCACUGUUAGCUAGCUGGAAUAGCACUGACAUAAACAUGCAGGAAAAAUUAUAACAGAGGGAUCAUCGGCCUGUCCAAUUCCAUUGGCUAGACUCAAAGAUCAUCAUUUAAAUGAAACUAUGAUGGGAGUAAUUGCCAGAACACUUUCAGAUUUUAUAAUGAAAAGCAGGUCCCUUGCAUGCCCCAGUCAAGGUCCAGUCACCUCGUGGGCUGUGUGCUAGAAUCUUCUUUCUGUUCUCAGUGGACACAAUCACUUUAGACAUCUUAGUACUGGGAGAGAUUCCUCUCCACCACAAGCAACCUCUCACAGAAGCUUAAUUAGUGGCUUCUAAAGUUCAAGUGGCCACAGAAACUUCCUGGUUGUGUGCCAUUCUAUUAAGAGUCGGCACAUGGAAUAGAGGAGACAUCAAAUUUCUGCCCAAGUUCUGCCAUGGCUAGAAGUAGCUAAAAUGUCUACACUGAGGCCUCUCUACUUCCUUUCUGAUAUACUCUCUCCCAUAAUAUACUUUGGUGUUAUGGAACUCACGACUGUGAUUGGAUGAGUUAGAACUCAGGAUUUCUGUCCUUGAUGUGUCUAUGUCUUCCUUGUAAUUCUUCUACUUUUAGAAGAAAGAAUCUUUUCUUCUAUAUUUAGUUACACUGUACGAUCGUACUUGGUUCAGCCCAAGACAUCUAAUUAACCCAGCUCCAUGGAGUGUUCUCCCCAAGCUGUCAAUUGAAUUCCAUUCCUUGCAUUUUAAUUUGGCACAUAAUCCUACUAUUCCUCAUGCAAUGACUUUUAGAAAUUUCUUUUAAUAAAUCACUUUUAACAG